AUGCCCGAGCUGAAGGAAAAGAAAUCAACCGACGGCCCAGAGGAAGCCCUCGCCACGGGCGGUCAGGAGAUCGCGAUAACCCUGGACGGAGAGAUUGUCAAUGCGUCCGGUCACAUCGACCAGCUGAACCGUCAGUACGGUCUCCUGAGCAUAUGUGGUCUUGCCCUGACCGUCGACAAUGCUUGGGUGGCCUUGGGGACAUCUCUCGCGGUCUCGAUCUACAACGGCGGCGCCCCUGGCGUUAUCUGGGAGCUAUGGGUCGCAGCGUUUUACUACAGCUUCAUCAACGCAUCAAUCGCCGAGUUCGCCUCCUCCGUGCCUUCUUCAGGAGGAGUAUAUCACUGGGCUACCAUCACCGCGGGCCCCAAAUGGGGCCGCCCCGUUGGUUUUUUCGCGGGCUCACUGAAUUAUUUCGGAUGGCUCUUUGAUCUGGCCUCCAUAGCAUACAUCAUGUCGGAACUGUGUGUGCAGAUGUACUUCCUCUACCACCCCGACUAUGUCAUCCAGCCUUGGAAUCUCUUUGUCGGCUUGUUAUGCAUCAUCGUCCUGUGCCUGGCAGUCACGAUAUUCUUCAACGGCGCCUUGGCCUAUCUCCAACAUUUCGGCCUGUUCAUCGUCACGGUGGGUGGCAUCAUCACAAUCAUUGUUCUAGCCUCCAUGCCGUCGCAACAUGCAUCGACGAGCUUCGUCUGGACGGAUUUCGAAAACAAUACAGGCUGGAGCGGCGGAGUAGCGUUCCUGACCGGCGUCCUCAACGGCGCUUUUACCAUUGGAACCCCCGACGCCGUCACACACAUGGCCGAAGAACUCCCCAACCCAAAACGCGACUUACCAAAAGCCAUCUUUGCUCAAAUCGGCCUCGGAUUCCUGUACGCUUGGUGCUUUGCCAUAGCCCUGUUCUAUGGCGUCAACGACCUCACCGCGGUCCAGAACAGCAAUGGUUCAUUCCCACUGGCCCAAGCUUACUCUCAAGCGACGGGCAGCCGCGCCGCAACAUUCGGCCUGCUCUUCAUCAUCUUUCUUUCGCUGGUACCUUGCUUGAUCGGAACAUUCUUGACCGUCGGACGAACGUGGUGGGCGCUCGCGCGAGACAACGCAACACCGUUCUCGGGUUUCUUCUCCCACGUCAAUGAACGACUCAGCUGCCCCGUCGAAGCCACCCUGCUCACUGGAGUCUUGACCAUCGGAUUGUGCGCCAUCACCCUGGGAAGCAAGACCGCCUUCAACGACUUGGCAGGCUCCUUCGUCGUGCUGAGCAGCGUAUCGUACGCGGUCACCAUCCUGCCAAACAUCAUCACCCGCAGGAAAUACAUGCCCGUCGGGCCCUUCCAUCUCGGCAUGGCCGGAUACAUAAUCAACGGCCUAGCCGUCCUCUUCAUCAUCCUCUUUGACAUAUUCUUCUGCUUUCCGGUAAAGUCUCCUCCUCCUCGAUAUGCCAAACCUCCAUGCCCUCCUCCCCCUCCCAAAAACACACCAUACAGCCUAUAA